AUGGCGGGGGAUUCCUCAAUGGAGCUACUGUUUUUGGAUACUUUUAAACAUCAAAGUGCAGAGCUGACGAAUGUGGACGUGGUGAGGUUCCCAUGCGGUGUGCUAAUCACAGAAGUGCGUGUUAUUCCCCCUGGCAUAAAGGCACACAGCAGCCUGCCGGACAGCAGAGCUUUUGGGGAGACGGCCCCUCAUGCCUUCCAGUUGGACCUGUUCUUCAACAAUGUCUCCAAACCAAACACCCCGGUGUUUGACCGGCUGGGCAGUUUGGAAUACGAUGAAAACAAGUCUAUUGUUUUCAGACCCAGUGGAAAGGUGAACACAGACGGCCUGGUGCUGCGUGGCUGGUAUACGUGUCUGACGUUGGCUGUUUACGGCACGGCCGAACGCUCGCACUCCCGUGACUCCCCUCCUCCACCUCCACCCCCUCCACCUCAGCAACAACAACCAGGGCCCAAGAGAAACAGCAAGCACGAGUGGGAGAAUGAGGAACAGUUUAACGGCAGCCCACCCAGGCCGCAGCCCCGGGGACCCCGAACCCCCCCGGGACCCCCUCCUCCAGACGACGAUGAAGACGACACGCUCCCCGUCCCCGUGAAGGAGGAAAGCAUGGAGCGCGGAGAGGACUAUUUGGAGCCCGUGUCUCCGGAGAGGGGGUCCCUGCCCGCCGACGACGCAUACUCGGACGCGGAGCAGGAGGAAGACGAUGGUCCCGGCGAUGAUGAGGAUGACGAGGACGCUCACACGGAGGGGAGCGAGGGGGAGGAAGAGGAAGAAGACGAAGAGGGUGAGGAAGAAAUGGAGGAUGAUGGAGAAGGCGAUGACGGGUACGAACAGAUUUCCAGCGACGAAGAGGAUCUCGAGAGCGGGACGUUUAAGAUACCGGCCUUUGACCUCGACUACACGGCGGAGGACCUGGCGUCCCUGCCGACCGUCCAGUACGACCCUUUCGAACGCGAGCUCCACCCCCUUCAGCACUUUACCCCGCCCCACAUCACGCGCUACGAGGCGGAGCUCGGACGCUUGAAAGAGGCGGAGCUCCAGGACCCCGCCUCCGCGUGGGCGGAGUCCGCCGCCAAGCUCUCAGAACUGCUGGAGACCUGGGGCGAGGGCCCGGGGGUGGAUCGCGGAGCCGGGUGGGUGACGGCUUUGGAGGAAGUUCCCGCCCUGCUGGUCAAAGGGAUGAGCUUCUUGACUUUGAAGGACCCGCAGGCGCAGAAGGGCCACCUAAAACAGCUGGUGAACUGGAGCUGCGAGGCCUUAAAUCUAGACUCCGCCUUGGCCCAGCCCAUCGCUCUAAACCUGCGCCAACUCAAAGCUGGCACCAAACUGACGUCGGCGUUGGCGGACUGCGGGACUCAGGCCGUGCGGGCGCUGCUGGAGAGAGGCGUCGUGGGACGUCUCCUGGAGCUGAUGUUCGCCGAACACGUCUCCUCCACGCUGAAGCUCAACGUCCUGCGUUCCCUCGACAGCAUCGUCAGCGAGCCCCGGGGCAUGGGGGCGUUGCUCGGAGAGGGUCGCCCGGACGACGACGUGGCCGCCAGCGGGUACCAGCGCCUGCUGGAGCUUUUCCUGCUGGACCAGACGGUCCGGGUGGCGACGGCCGGCGCCGCCAUCCUACAGAAGGGGCAUUUUUACGAGGUCCUCACCGACCUCCGGCGAAUGGCGGCCACCUGGGCCGACCGCCAGCCGGCGGACGACAGGGAGAGUGCCCCGGAGAGGGAAAGAGAAGGCGGGGAGAGGGAGACGCCCGAGGCGGAGCUCGAGAGUCCCAUGGACAUAGACACCCUGCUGGCGUCCUCCGCGCUUUCGGAGGCCGAUCUGGAAAGACUUCAGGGUCUGCUGGAGGAACUGCUCCACCUCUUGGAGACCGCGCCCCACUGCAUGGUCCAACCGCCCAGCAAAGCCUUCCCCACCUCGGCCCGCAUCACGGGACCUCCCGAGAGAGAUGACCCGUAUCCAACUCUCUACAGGUAUAUGCUUGCGUGUCACUUCUUGGAGUCUCUGGCGGUGGUCCUGUCGUCCCCGGCAACGUGCGCCCACGUGGGCGUCCUGCAGGCGGUCCGAGAGAUCAUGCGUUUCCUGUCCCAGACCCAGCAGGGCCUCCUCUUCCUCCUCAGUCAGCACGAACCCACCAACUUACUCCUCCGACUCCUCACCCCCCUCACACACCUAACGCCUCCCGCACACAUGGCUCACCUGGGUCCCCUCACGCCCCAGCCCGAACUGGAGGGGGAGGACGGGACCCCCGGGGGGGAGGGGUCGCUCGAGGACGGGUUUUGGAUUUGGCUCAUGCAGGCGCUGCACGCGUUGCAGGGCGUGGCCGAGCUGAGCGGGGCGGAGCUUGAGGAGGGGGACAGUCCCGAGGUUCUGUCGACUCUUCACAGCCUGUACGUGAUGAGUUUCAGCAGCACCGGGCGAAACGCCGUCACACACACCCUGAGCCUGGAGAACAACCUCAGCUGUCUGGUCAACCUGCUGGAACAUCACGCCAAGGAGGGACAGGGGGAGGGCAAAGCGAGGAAAUCGGUGACGUAUAACUACGCCUGUAUGCUGGUUUUACUGGUCGUUCAGACCUCUGCCGACCUGAGAAUGAUGGAGCACUACGCCGGUCCGCUGCUCAACAUCUGCAAAGCAGACGAGAACAACACCAAACUGCAGGAGCUCUGUAAAUGGCUGGAACCACUCGAGAAACUGCGUUUUGAGAUCAGCAGCAUUUCGACUCUCAUCGAUUACAUCAAACAGAACCUGGAGAAUCUGAUGACCCCAGAAGGUGUGGGGCUGGUCACUGCUCUGCGGGUGCUUUGCCACAUUGCCUGUCCCCCGCCUACCGUACCAGGUCAACAGAAAGACCUGAAGUGGAACCAGGCGGUGAUCGCUCUCUUCAGCGCGGAGGGAAUGGACACCUUCAUCAAAAUCCUUCAGAAGCUGACCUCGCUGCUCCUGUUACCGUGGCGACUGCACGGCCCCAUGGCCCCCACCGCCCAGCGCCUCACCAUGCUCUCGGUGGCCUCCUGCUCCCUGCGGCUCAUCAGGGCCAUGCUCACGGAGCUGCUGUGCGGGGCGACGUGCGAGUUCAGAGACGCCCGCGUCCCCGCCGUCUGCGUCACCUUACACAUGAUCGCGUGCUCCACCCCGGUGACCGGUCGCCUGGACGCCGAGGAGCUGCGCAUCCAAGGCGACAUCACGGACGUCCUGCUGACGUUCACGCACGCGGUGAGCGAGCAGGAGACGGGCUCGGAGGAGACGGUGGCGGGAAACAGCUGGUCUCUGAUGCUGAAAGAGGUUCUGAACUCCAUACUGGCCGCGCCGGAGAACAUCUAUAGUGGACUGAGUUUGCUCAGUGAACUGCUGCCCCUGCCGCUCCCCAUGCAGACUACACAGGCUUUAUCGGUGCAAGACGUGGGUGUAGCUCUGAACACGCGUAAAUUGUGGAGUAUGCACCUGCAUGCUCAAGCACGUGUGUUACAGGAGGUGCUGAGGUGUGUGUGUGUCAGCAGCUGCCCGCCGCUCCUCUCCAUGCUCCGACGCGUGUGUGUCCAGCUCUGCGACCUCGCCGCUCCCACGGCGACGCUCGUCAUGCGGACCCUGUUGGAGCAGCUACAGGAGGAGAUGCAGCAGGAGGGUGUCAGUUCUCUGAUGCCACGGUUACUAGCUCUCCUAGACUCGUUGGUUUCUCAACGUUCCUGUAAGGCGGCAGUAUUGACUCUGCUGGGAGGAGCCGUACGUGGCGAGGGGCGGGGCGACGGGAGGGCCGACGACAAAAUGACAGAGGUCCUUCCCGGUCUGCUUUCUCUGCUCCUCCCACCGGCAGAUGCCAGCCUACCGGUACAGCAGAGCGCUGAAUUGACAGCGUCCAUCAUCCAAUCGUUGUGUGACCAGGAUAUCUCACUGGUCGUGAGCGGUUCAGGAGAAGUGUGCAUGUCGGAAGCAGAGCAACUGGCCAACGCCUUACCGCCACGUGACAUGCUGGCGAGCGUGUGUGACGGAAUGUCAGAGGUGUUGGGACACGCGAACAGUAGCUACACGCUCCAGCUCACAUGCCUUAGAACAAUGAUGUUCCUCACAGAACACGACUACGGCCUCUACCACCUCAAAAACUCUCUUAAGAAGCACCCUACUGCCGUGUCCAGUCUGCUCCGAAGAGAAACCGCCUCGUUCAGUAAAGAGUCAGCUGAGCUUCUGUCUGCAUUACUAGACUUCCUACGACAGAUACUCAACACUGACAGCAUGGACGAGGACAUGGACUCCCGGUCUUUAGCUCUGAGCACGUCUGAGAUGAAACAGCUGCUGCAGUGGAAAGAGGACUCAACAGAUCAUCCUCUGCCAGAGCUAGAGAAACAUAUCACGGAGCUCAUGAAAGAGGACGAGUCGCUGGAAGCUCUUUUAGAGAAUGUGGUCGGACUCCGACAGAUUCUGGAGAGUUCUGGCGACACAUCGCCGAGCACAGAAUCUGACACAGAACCCACCCUCCCGUUCCCAGAACCACUCCAGAUGCAAUUCAACCACAGGACGGUGUAUGUGCUCUCUGAUGUUUUGGAUGAGCAGCUGAAAGCUUUCUGGUUCUCUCCAUUCCAAACCGACGACAUGGAGACCGACCUAGACAUGGUGAAAGUGGAUCUUGUAGCUCUAGCACAGCAGUGUUGUCCUGAGCUGGACUUGAAGGCGGAGUUAGAACGUUCGUUUCUGAGUGAACCCGCCUCUCCAGGACACAGCAAAACAACAAAGGGCUUCCGAUUGGGCAAACACAAGCAUGAGACGUUCAUCACGUCCAGUGGGAAGUCGGAAUAUGUCGAGCCAGCGAAGCGCGCCCACAUUAUGGCCGCCCCACGAGGUCGAGGGAGGGGCGCGUUCGGGCAGCUCUGCCGACCCCACGACAUCUUCCGUCAGCGCAAACAGAACACGAGUCGACCGCCGUCCAUGCACGUGGACGACUUCCUGGCCGCCGAGAUCAAAGAUGUGGGGCCUCCCACCGGCCUGGCCCCGCCCAAACGUCCACCAAAGGGAGGGGCAAAACCACCCACCAGAGGCCUGUUUGCCGGCGGUACGAGAGGGAGGGGCUUCCAGAGUCACACUCGAUUCUUCACUCCGCCCACGCCCAAGAGUAAUUACCCUCGGCGUGAGGGUGGGCGGGGCUCUACCUGGAGUGCCCCGGUGACAGCUGUCACUCACAGGGGGACGUAUAGCGAACCACGAGGAGGACAAAGCAACUUCACUAGACCGCUGCCAUCUAGACAACCACCUACAGGUGCGUACAGAUUAGCCCCUCGAGAUCGCGCCCCUAGAGGAAGGGGCACCGGCCUGUCCUGGCUAAGUGGAGCCGGGGUUAGCGUGGGAGGAGGCGGAGUUAGCAGCGGAGGGCGUGGCCAAGGGAAGUUCAGCAGCGGGGGCAGCGGAGGGGGGCGAGGCCGACACGUACGCUCCUUCACUCGCUGAUCACUCUUCGAUCAACCAAUAGGACUCAGCCAUGUGGCUCUAAAGCAGUGGUUCUCAAUCCUGCUCGUGGGGGAACCCCUGCUCUCCAUGUUUUCAAUCUUUCCCUGCUCUACCUACCUGACUGAUUAGUGUGAUUAACGUGUUCUCGAUUAAACCAGCUGUGCUCAGCCAAUCAAAAGCGCCCUGGUGAGUUCAGUUAGGUAGGUAGGGCAAGGGAGAGGUGGAAAAUGUGCAGAGCAGGGCUCCCCCCGGGGAGGAGGAUUGAGAACCACUGCUCUAAAGGACCAAUCAGGAUGUGCAUAUGCUGUCGUCAUGGAAAUGUCAAGCCAAAGGUGGCUUUGUGAUGUUUUGUGUUUCUGUUAGUAUUUUUUUAUUGUGUUAA